UCUAGGUCGUGUUGUCAACCAAGUAAGCAAGCUUUCGAUCAUCUCAACCUUCCUUCUUCUGUGGCUAUUGGAGAGCGCUGCAUCGGCACGGGGGCUUGUAUCUCAUUCCGGGUCCAUCAGGAGUUGCCCAGCAUUUUGCAACUGGUCUCGAAUUCAUUACACCUUGUUCCACGAAUUGCGCACUUCUCCAUGCCUCGCUUCAUGUCUCGCACACAUGGCUAACGCCGCAUUGCCAGGAACCACCACAAUGAAGGUUUUCUCCCUCCUUGCCACCGUCGCUGCGGCGGGCGUCGCGCUCGUGUCCGCCCAGGGCAUCAUCGAUGACAAAUCCGAAUCUUUCCCCGAAGACCUCAACGGCUCCAACUUCACCUACCCCUGGCCCGUGAAGCUAUACAAGUUCACCUCCCAGCUGCAGGAGCUCGAGAUGGCCUUCAUGGAUGUUGAGCCCAAGUGCAAUCCCAACGGCAAGACGGCUGUCCUCUUCCACGGCAAGAACUUCUGCGGCCCGACCUGGGAGACCACCAUCCGCAUUCUCGCCCAGUCCGGCUACCGCGUCAUCGCGCCUGACCAAGUCGGCUUCUGCAAGUCCUCCAAGCCCGAGCGAUACCAGUUCUCCCUGCAGCAGUUCGCCACCAACACCAACGGCCUGCUCAAGACACUGGGCAUCGAGCGCGUCACCGUCAUGGGCCACUCGCUCGGCGGCAUGCUCACCACCCGCUACGGUCUCAUGUUCCCCGAUGAGGUCAACGAGAUGGUCCUCGUCAACCCCGUCGGCCUAGAGGACUACAAGGCGCUCGGCGUCCCGUACCUCCCCAUCGACGACAACUACAAGACAGAGCUGGCCAGCUCCUACGCCUCCAUCAAAGGCUAUGAGCAGGCCACCUACUACGUCGGCGAGUGGAAGGCCGAGUACGACAUCUGGGUCAACAUGCUCGUCAACAUCUACCAGGGCUCCAAGGCCGAGACGUAUGCGCUCAACCAGGCCCAGAUCGUCGACCUCGUCCUCACCCAGCCUGUCAGCUGGGAGUUCCCCUUGGUCAAGCCACGCACCCUGCUCAUGAUUGGUGAGAAGGAUAACACCGCCAUCGGCAAGCAGUGGUCGCCCCCCGACGUCGCUGCCACGCUGGGCAACUUUACCGCUCUUGGUUCUGCUGUUGCUGCUCAGAUCCCGAACGCGACGCUGCACACUUUCCCCGCGCUUGGCCACGCGCCCCAGAUCUCUCAACCGGAGGAGUUCCACGAAGCUCUCGUCGCUUGGUUGUCCAAAUAAGGGCCCAAAGAGGCAAUGUUAUAGUGCUCUGCAAUGAAGGGCACCGUUCGGGCACAUGAUAUGACCUUGUAAUGGCUGUACAUAGUCAAUGACUUCUUCCAGAUCUUAGACACUAGACACUAGAACCAAGUACAUAUGUUUAUUGUUCGGAGACUCGCCCAGCCUUAGCUUACUGAUAAGGUCAUCAAUCGGCCAUGCCUUCCCGCGAGAAUUCAAUGAAGCCCAACUAAACGAAC